CAUCCCUGCUCAGUGAAAGGAAGCGGAAAUAAACGUCGCCAAGCUUAAGCUAACGCUCGAGUCAGGCUCCGAGGACGGGCUGGAAGCGAUACAUGACACACAUCGGGGGAUUUUUUUUGUUUUUCCACCACCAAAACCGAGAACGAGGAGCGGCUAACAACGCGAUCUGGAUUCCAUUGUUACGGUGGUAACAUCGACACGGAAUAUAUCGAGUGGAACCUCGCUGCGACCUUUAUGUAAGGUCAAAGCUGUAAAGCAACGGGUCACAGACGGGAGGAGAGACUCGGGAGCAAAGCAUCUGGAGCUGGGAUAAGCGCUGUUUUUAUUUUUUGAUUCAGUCCCUGAAUCCCAACUUGAGCCAAGACGUUAUCUCGCACGCACGCCAUGGAGGCCAUUGCCAAAUACGAUUUCAAAGCGACUGCUGAAGAUGAGCUUAGCUUUAAGCGCGGAGAGGUCCUUAAGGUAUUAAAUGAAGAGUGUGAUCAGAACUGGUACAAGGCGGAGCUAAAUGGGAAAGAUGGCUUCAUUCCCAAGAAUUACAUCGAAAUGAAGGCCCACCCGUGGUUCUUUGGGAAAAUCCCUCGGGCCAAAGCAGAGGAGAUGCUCAACAAGCAAAGGCACGACGGCGCCUUCCUCAUUCGAGAGAGUGAGAGUGCGCCAGGCGACUUCUCCCUCUCAGUCAAGUUUGGGAACGAUGUGCAGCACUUCAAGGUUCUCCGUGACGGCGCCGGCAAGUAUUUCCUGUGGGUGGUGAAGUUUAACUCCCUCAACGAGCUGGUGGACUACCAUCGCUCCACCUCCGUCUCCCGUAACCAGCAAAUCUUUUUGCGGGACAUCGAGCAGGUCCACCAGGUAACGACGAGCACGCAUCCCACAUACGUGCAGGCGCUCUUUGACUUCGACCCCCAGGAGGAAGGCGAGUUGGGUUUCCGACGCGGCGACUUCAUCCAAGUGCUGGACAACUCUGACCCCAACUGGUGGAAAGGCGGUUGCCACGGCCAAACGGGCAUGUUCCCGCGCAACUACGUCACGCCGGUCAAUCGGAACAUGUGAAACAGUCCCGCCAUGUAAACGGCCAUCACACCACCAUCACCACCACAACCAUCAUCAUCAUAGUCAUCAUUCUAGAUGUCAUCAGUCCCUCCACCCUCAUCUGAUCCCCAAACAACCCCCCCCCCCUCCUCUUCACCAACCCCACAAUAGCAGGAGCAGAGAGGAAGAAUGCAAACAAAUGAAAAGUGAGAGAAAGAGAGAUAUCCGACAGGAGCGCCGUCAUAGGCGGUGUUUUGUGGUGGGUGGCAGCUGAGCAAAAUCCACCUCGACUUGCACCGAGACCGUGAGCGCCUCGGUGAGGAUUGCAACCGAGGGAAAGAGAGAACCAAAUGAUUCGACUCCCACGAGCCGCUUCUGUCUCCUCCUUAACUUCUUAACAUUCUGCCGCCUUGUGUUUGCUUUUGCCGCAUGUUCUUUUAUCGGCCACAUCCGUUUUAAAGGAAAAACACAGGAAAAAUGUUUAAAAAAAAUAAAAUAAAAGAAAUUGUUUUUUUUAAAAAACUGAAGAAAAAAAAUAAGCAAACUGAUGCCAUAUACAGCAAGUUUCCAUGUCUACGAUGAUUGGCUCGUGAGCAUUGUACAUCAGCCACUGGCUGUAUAAAUAAAUCAACUAUAGAGAGAAUCCAUUUUUUAAGAAUAUAUAUAUAUUAUAUAUUUGUAUGUGUUUGUCUGUAUUACCUCUCAUCACAAAUUUGUAACUUAUGUUCAAUGGUUUGUCUGGAUAAGACCUGGUAGCUGUAGAAUGUGCUGAAUUGUCCUUCAAGUUUCUUUCUGAGAGGUCUCGGAUAACGCGACGACGUUCCUCGCGCAAGGGAAGUCCACUUGGCACCGGGAGAAGAAACCAAUCGAGCUGGAAAGCUCCUGUCGUUGAGCGGCAAGGGUACGCAGCCGCGAAUGCAAGCCAUGUGUGAUGUCGGCCACCCCCCCCCUGCCCCGCCCCGCCCCCUCAAGACAUUGCGUUCGUUGCAACCAUUUGAAUGUACCUGACUGAGUCCACAGAUCUUAGCAUGAGGGAAGCAGGCCCGAAGAAGUGAACUACGCGGCCGCGCAAGGGAAAACACGCUGUAAUGUUAUGCACGUUCAUUGGUCCCAAGUUCAGUCCAGCUAGUUAACGUGCAUACGUUUCUCAAAAACUCUCCUCGUCAUACGUGCGCAUAGCAUGGGGGGCCAAGAUUGGAUAAUCGCAUGUAAAAAAAAAAAACAGUCGGCAACUGGCACACAUGAACACUUCCCAAAACUGAGAGAUUGUCAUUUUUUUGUUGUUCAGAUGACAGAUCAGCUUAAAUGUUGUUGAUUUUUGUCAAAUGUGGUGUCGAGCACUUGGUUUUGUUUUGUUUUUUUUUUUGGUCAAAGAUUUCGAUCUCCGUUCUGUCCAGUGUUUGUCCUUGUGUUUUCUGGGUUUGUUUUUUUU